AUGAAUUUUGCACUCGUGAAAAUCGAGCGCUUUCCGGCAUAUACCGCUCCACGUCGCCGUCGCCGGUCAGCUGCCGGAAUAUGGUCGCCGUCGCCGGUGGAACAAAAAGCACAAGGCGUCGCCUUGUGCUACGCUAAGCUACAUCUGAGGCGACGCCAUGGCGUCGCCUUUCACAAGGCCGCCUCGCCUCAAGGGUAUAAGGCGUCGAAGCCCCGCCUCGCCUCGCCUCGCGCCAUGGCGACGCCAUGGCGCGCUAUUUUAAUCACUGACAAAGACUUGUAUUUCAUUGGGCAUAAACCGUUUGACAGCGAGAAGUGGAACGAGCUACGUCCACGUGAGGGAGAUGCAUGGGUUUUGCCCGAUUCUCAAGCGGUCAGGAUGGACCUACUUUCAGACUAUAGAAGUCUUCUGCAGCGAGGGGGUUAUAAAUAUAUGGAAGAGGAGUUGUCUGAUAGCUUUGGAUUUGGAGAUAAGAGAAAAGUGAGCCCACAUGAGGCUCCAGAUAAGGAAAAUGCCAAGAGACCGGCCAUUACAGGGCUGCUCGAUGCCUCCCUCGCCUCUAGAUUUCUUUCGGAUCCACUCAUCACCGAUAUGUGUGAUGAACUGGCCAAAGAUGAGCUUGUUGUUAAAAUGGCUCGGCAACUUCUGGAGGCACUCCAAGCUUCUACGGUUCUCGAGGAUGGGACAUUUAAUGACUCUGCAUUCGAGCAUUUUGCUCUGGUUAUGAGAAUAUGGAGAAAUUUGUAUUUCAAUGCCAAGAUUAAUUUAGUGCUUGUCAAGAAUUGCAUCGUUCCCGACAUGAUAGACAAACUUUCGAAUGAAGUGGGAAAUGAACAAAUUGGAGAAUGUAUGUGCCGUAUCAAGGCAGAUCACAACUUGAGUGAUAUUCUCCAACUCAAAAGGCCUCCUGCUACAAUGAUAAGGUCGUCUAAUUAUGUAUUGUUGUGCGGGUGUGUGAGAUACUCCUAA